AUGAAUCUGGUAACUGACCCACAUGAUUGUAAUGUGAACGCGACUGUCUCUAUUACCGGAAACGAGUGCUGGAGCAGUAACCAGGGUCGUGCGGAGGGCGGGGCAAUGGAUUUUCUGAAAAACGAGUGGGAUACCCUGAUCGAUGAUUACGAUAGGGAUCGCCGUGCAAGUAGGAGUGUACGACCCAUUGUGAGGAUACGACCCAUUGCGAGGGUGGUGAUCGAAAUCACCCUCAUCAUACUUAACAUCAUAAUGGGGAUUCUCCCCGUUCAGAGAGAUUUCGGAAUAAGGGGUGCUUCGAGACAUAGGAAAGAGACUACUGAUCUGCAAAACAAGGAAGUUGCAAUGAAAAAGGCGGCUGCUAAAGGUAGCAAGGCUGAGCAAAAAACUAAGAAGAAACAAGUUGAUGAAAAGAUAGCUAGACUCUCAACAAAGCUUAAAGAAAGACAUGCCGAUGAACUGGCUUCUUUAGGCUUUAAUAGCAGUAGCAGCAGUAAAAAAGGAAAGCUUGAUGACUUGGUGUUGAAGGCUAUUGCUGGGGUUUCAAUCACAAAUAAAGCUGAGCAGCCAAAACUCAGUAAGAGUGCCAAAAAGCAUAAGAAAAGAGCCGAACAGGAUGCAACCAGGGAGCAAAGAAUACAAGAGGAGCAGAGCCAAAUUGUGAGUGAUCGAAUGAUUGAAGAUGAGAAGUUAGAGAAAAAGCUCGAGCCUCUUGGAUUUACCAUCAAUGAAAUAAAGUCAGAUGGGCAUUGUCUCUACCGAGUUGUUGAGAAUCAGUUGGCCCUCCAAUCUAGAGGCUCUUCUCCUUAUAACUACCAAGAGCUUCGGAAAAUGGUGGCUGCUUGUAUGCGGGAACAUGAAACAGAUUUUCGGCCAUUUUUUCUGUCUAAGAAUAUGGCAGAUGGAGAAUCCGAAGAGUCCCUUACAGAAAGUUUUAAAGAUGAAAGGCCAGUGACCAACCUCGAGAAAUCACGCCCGGAGAAGAAGGCUGAUGUCAAGAUAAGAAGAAGUUCACGGUUUGUCCGGCCGAGGGGGAGAGGAAGAAUGCGACCGAACAACUCCUCUCCAAAUCUAUAA